AUGUUCGCGGUGGAUGAAGCGUGUUAUAUUCCUCUCUGGGGUCAGAGCUUUCGCCCAGCUUUUCAAGAUUUGUCGUGGCUCAGGGAGGCGUACGACUCCGUGCCCAUCUUAGCCCUCUCGGGCACAGCGCCUCCAAAGCGUCAGAAAUUCAUUCGUCACUCCUUGAAGCUGCAGAAUCCGCUUCGAAGUACAAGGCCGCUGGACUGGGAUUUGAAGUUGCCACAGGGAAGGGCUAAGGGAUCUAGUCGCAUGAAGCUUGUCGUCACAGGGAAAGCAGCUUUGGCCAAUGUUUCGGCCAAACUUGCAGCUGCAGAUGCACCGCUGCGAGACAGGUUUCUUUGCAGCAGUUGCUUGGCGUUUGCCAAGGAGGAACGCAAGUUGCAGAAGGUUUUGGAAUUGCUGGAGCAUGGUGCAUAUCCCGCAGUGGUGUACGUGCCCACUAAACCAGAUGCAAGAAGGGUGCGGCGACGUCUCACUGAGUCUCUUGAAGAACGUAGACUCACUCUGACCAUUGGCUACAUGGAUGGUGAAACGCCACCUGCAUCAAGAGCAUCAAUUAAUUUGGACUUUCAAUCGAAGGAGAUCGAUUUGAUGGUGGCCACUGAUGCGUAUGGACAGGGCAUUGAUAAGGCCGACAUCCGCUUGAUCGUCCACUGGGAGCCCCCGGUGAAUUUCGAGAUGUAUGUAAAUCACAUUGGUCGCGCCGGCCGCGACGGCUUCACUUCUCGAUGCGUCUUGCUCUACAGUAACAGUUGCUGGGCCCAGCUCUUCGAAAGCGGCAGAUGCUUUACGAGAGAGCUGGAGGAGAUGGACGAAGAGGAUCGCCAGGUAGAGUUUGCCUCACGUUCGACCCUGAAAGACAUGGUCACUUCGAAGAAAAGUUGCCGCUGGCGCCGGCUCCUUCGAUACUACGAGUGUGAAGACGAGCUGCCCUUGGAAGGCUGCGGUUCAUGUGACAUUUGUCUGGGUCAAUAUGAUCGUGGUUCGGGAGAAGGCGAAGAUUUCAGCGUCGGUGCACGCUUGUUGUUGUCGUCCGUGCGGCUGAAAGAGCUCAGCAAAGUGGCUGCCAGGAUGGAUGUGCUGGAUCUGGCUCUGGGCAAGUGCGAUCUCGAGCCGGAGCAGCAGGAGUUGCUGCAGACCAUGGAAACCUUGAGAAGCUCACUACCUGCGAAGCAACGUCAGAAAGGAUGGCUUCAAGAAUUGUUGACCCUGCUCUGGAACAACGACUUUGUGAUCAAGAAAUACGCUGGCAUUCACGAUGUGAAGUUGAAGCGCAAGAAGUGGCAACGGAAGGACAUCUUGAAGUUCCUCUGGUUUCUGACCAACAAAGGCCAAAGGGCCUUGGAGGAUGAUUCGGCGAUCCAGCUGAUUCCCAGCAAGCGGAUGACGGCCAUGGCCACAGGAGUCCUCAAAGAUAUCAAAGCUGAGAGGCAGCUUUCAGAUGCCUACCAGGAGUUUAAGCGACUGGACCGUGCAGACAAUCAGGCCAGAGUAGAGGCUUUGGACAACAUGAUGAAGGUGCUGAAUUCAGCGAAGACGGCGCAUUCCAAGAAGCAGCAGCUCAAAGAGGUUAAGCCAUUGAAACCAAAAGUGUCGAAGAGUCGGUUGAAACAAAGGGCUUCCAAGAUGCCGGCCAUGACGGCCAUGCGCGACCUGACGCACGUGGCACUUGAUGAUGCUUUGGAGGAGCACCCCGAGACCAGUGGAUGGAAGAUGAGCUACCGAGAGAACCCUGAGGAGGGGACGUGCCACUGCACUUUGACGGUCUCUCCGGAACUGGAUGUUGUGGAAGCCAUUGGCCGUACGCGGGCGGAGAGUUUGAAGAUGGCGAUUGGCCGGUGCAGCAAGCAGCAUUUUCGCAUCGACUUGAAAGAGAAGAAAUGGAUCCAACAGAAAUUCGCAGAGCUGCCCUGUGCUCCGCGAGACGUGUACUUUGAGAUUGUGGGUGUCGGCCACCGAAGAAAUGAAACUGUGCUUUUGCAGGUGGCCACUUUGUCGUUUCCAAACAGGGAGAUGUGCUUCCGUGGCAAUCCUUGUGAGCACUGGGCUCUGGCUGUUCGAUGCAUGGACAGAAAUGUUGCCGGAGUGAGACAAAUGGGGCCUCCUCCAAUUUCAUAG